AUGCCUGGACCUUCCGUGCCACCUCGAGAAUCUACUUCUCUCUCCCCUCCCCUCGAUAGGAAAAGAAGACGGACCGAAUACUCUCUCCCCAGGGACUGCGCAUGCUCAAUUGUCUCAGGAUCAGUCAUGUCGAACUUCUCAUUACUCUCCCAGGAGCGUGCUCCUUUUCUUCGGAUUCCUGAACCCCAGAAUGCUACCUAUGAGAUUGUUGAGUCCACUCCCGGCAGCCAGCCAAAGUCCCUCAGGGUUCAGCUGUGUGGCGAGACGGGUACAGAGUCGAAGCCUGGGAAAGUAACACUUCACCAUUCCUGCCUCACGUUCACAGAUCUGUCAUUGGAAGAUGCCUCGAGGGUUCCUCCAGACAAUAACAAUUCAGCCUGGGCCCGGGCGAAAAGGAGUCCGUUGUCUAACAUGUCGUGGGAAGGAAACGAUACUCCCACAGUAGGGCAGGUAUGGAUUGUCGUCUAUGCCAUUCUCACAGUCCAUCCUGAGCUUGAGGUAUUUAGAAUCACAUUAAAUGGGACCGGAAGUGAUAUUAUAGCUCGUCAGCUUGAGGCUGUCGGGCUUGUUGUUGCUCACCCAGCGCCCGGCGCACCGCCAGGCCAGCCUGUCCCAGCAUCAGACGAUCAUGUUGGCCAGUUAGUUGUCCUUCGCAGGUCUUUCUGGCAGGGUGCUGGCUCCCCCUUUGGACCCAGGCCGAUCUGGGUUGCUGGAACGGAUAAUCGAGACAUCUCCCCGUCGUUUGAGUCUGCUUUCCCUCCCAGAGCACUGGACUACGCCUUAACCACCAAAUUCCCCACGUCACGCAUUCACACUACCCACCCAAUCCGACCUGCUAAACCAACUCCAGGCUCGACUAUCUACAGCCGCUAUAUCCCACAUUUAAAGGAGACAUUCUCUAUGGUUGCACUUGAUUGGACCAAUGAGGAACAUGUCAACCUUUUCCAUGUAUGGCAGAACGACCCCAGAGUUGCUGCGGGCUGGAACGAAACCGGAACGCUAGAGCAGCACCGUGCUUAUCUGCGGAAUAUGCAUGAAGACUCCCAUCAAUUCCCUGUGCUGGGCAAGUUCGACGAUACAUUCUUUGCCUAUUACGAAAUAUACUGGGCCAAGGAGGAUGCCAUUGGACCGUACUACGAAGCCGGAGACUUUGACCGUGGCAGACAUUUCCUUGUAGGAGAUGCUCGUUUCCGUGGUCCUCACCGUGUUAAGGCCUGGCACACCUGUCUUACACACUACAUGUUCCUCGAUGACCCUCGCACCAACUUGGUCGUUGGGGAGCCAAGAGCCACCGGCGCCAAGGUCCUUGCGUACGACCAAGCAAACGGAUUCCACAUUAAUAAGCUUAUUGACCUGCCUCACAAGCGUGCUGCGUUAAUCAUGUGUCCAAGGGAGAAGUUUUUCCAAGAUCCUCCUUUCGAGUACAAGGAAAAUUCAUAA